AUGCAAGGAUUUUUCUUUGAUGAAGAAGAUACAAUUCAAGAAGAUAUAAUGGAAGAUUCAGCUUUUGAGCGUCAAAUGGCUUUGAGGGAAUUUUCGAAAGAGAUCGAAAAAACGGACGAGUUUCUUAAAAGAUCAUCAGUUCAUACAAUUAUUUCAAGUACUUCGCGAUCCAUAAAAUCAUCUCCAAAUGGGAGUCUAUUCGAGCUUUCUCGCCCCAGUCAUUGCAAUUCUCGAAAAAGCAUGCUGAUAAAUGAUGUGCUAGCAGACAUCGUAAAAACACGAAGAAACGAUGAGAAUAAAAGACGAAAAACGACAAAGCGAAUGUCAGUCAUGUCUCAAAGCCGUCUAUCGACAAACUUCAAAGGUUCGAUGGCCGAAUUUAACUUGCAGCUGGACUAG